AUGUCAAAGGAUGAAAUUGUCGCUUGGUGGUUAGAAACCGAGUUUGGACGCAAAAAACGGCUUCAUUGGAGUGGUAACCGUACAGCAACUUGCUGGCAGCACUUUGAUGAAGUUGCCAAUGCAAAGACUGGAAAACCAGGCGCGAAAUGCCGUCAAUGCCAUAAAGUCCUAGACCAUCUGGCGAAUAGGCGAUAUGGAACGACUGCACUUCAUCGGCAUUUAGCUGGGCCGACCUGUCGUAAAUUUACUAGCCAAAGGACCAAUAUUAAGGGUUUGCUUAUGAAUGCGGUAUGUUUAAACCAGGGUUUCCGG